GCCAAUCAUACGCGCAGAGAGGGACUAGAUAUCGAAAUCACGCAACAAAUCUGGAUCUGUGCCAAGUCAGACCCUCUCGUCAGUCCCCUCUUUUUUUACAGCUGUGGGUGAUGCCGACACAAGGACGUCGGGGGUGCUGCCGCCCCCCAGGCUCCCCCUGCGCUGUCUCGGGCCUGGCGUGGGCAUCCGCUGUCCUGGCGUGGCGACCCUGCACACACAGACAGAUAUCAAGGUAGGUAGGCAUGUCAUCAAAUGCCACAAACGCGCGGGAGGAGUACAUGUAUCACCUGGUCGAUCGAAGUGUCCGCUGCUUUUCCAACUGCUCCAGGGCUGCCUUCCUCCGGGCAUCCUCGUCCAUCUGUGCUUGGAAAUCUUGCUCCUGUUUCUGGAGGUCUUCCUUCUCCUCUUUGCGUUUGUCGCGCAUCGAUGUGCCGCUCUUCUUCUGCGCAGCGCCAUACACACAGACAGAGAGGCAAGAUGAUGGUCCUUGCCAGCUGUUCCAGCCAGGUUAUGCCCACUGUGCGCUCCGCCCACUGACCAAGUAGAAGAACAUCGGUCCCAACUCCUGCAGCCACUCGGCAUCGACCGCUGUCACCUGAAGAAGGGCGCAGACAGAAUCCCUCCCCGCAUCGCUCUGCGGGUUGGCAGGUUUUGUGUGGCCUACGUGUUGCAUGUACUCCUUGGUGGUGAGGAUGACUUCGUGGUACACAAUGUAAUCGGGUGUAAAGCCGGCGCCGUAGAGGGCACUCGUGGGGUGCAGGUGACAGUUGACGCUCGUCCGCAAGUUGACGUACUCGCCUAUGCCCCGCAACUUGGCCGCAUUGUGGAAGUACCCCGAGCAGAUCGCCUGCGACGUGCAUCCGCCCCAGACACAUAACGGAUGUCACGCAAUUUCCCCCGUCCACUUCAUUUUUUUUCUUACCUUCCUCACAGUGUUCCAUUCAGUGCCACAAGAGGUGUGCUCGAGCCGCUGCUGCUGCAUCAGAUCUAACAGCUGUGCGCGGACCUCACGCGCCUUCUUCAGCGCCUGGAGCGAUCGACGCAAGAACGAGACAAAGACCGAGAUGACAUAGACCCACCCCACAUACACAUACAACUGCCUGUCCGUCUCUCGUUUGUUACCUUGGCGUGAAUGUAGUGUUGUGUGCACCAGUGUGCGCUGUAGUUGUUGCGUUUCCACUGCUGGUAGACGUUGAGGAGCGUGAGGUGGUCACUCUCUGGGACGAAGAACUUCUCCCUGGCUGCGUCGCUCUCCUCGGCCCGGUCCUUGGGCCGGUAGAAUAUGUUAGGGAUGGACAGCAUCGACACGAUUACGAGGAUCUCCGCAGAGCAGUGAAGGUCCGCUGUUGUCGACGUCAACAGCAUCUUGGACAGGGGCGGGUCUAAAGGGAACUGAGCCAUCUUCGCACCUGAACAAUGACAUGGAGGGCAGGGGAGGAGUGCUGCUGUCUGGGACUGGACAGGCGUAGGGUACCAAGGGGUGUGAGCUGUCCCAGGUUGUUGAGAGCUCCCAGCACCCAGAGUUGAUACAUGGAGUUGAGGAUGGUGUCCUGGGGUGGCGGGUCCAUGAAGUCGAACUGCAGGAGGUUCUCGAUGCCCAACGACUUGAGCAGCAGCACCACGUUGGCCAGGUUGGUCCGCUGGAUCUCAGGAAUGCUGUUCUCAAACAACUCGCUCACGAACGCACGCUCAGUGUACAGACGGUGACACACACCAGGACCUGUGCCAUGCCAAACAAACAGCCAGCGUGGCGACUGGUGUACGUUUAUGCGCAUGUGGUCUGGUCUUUUGGUAUGUGAUGUCUACCUGUGCGUCCGGCUCUUCCGGCCCUCUGGGAUGCGUUUGCCUGGCUGAUGGGUGUGAUCUGGAGGGAGUCCAUACCGAUCUUGGGAUUGUAGACCUUGAGCUUGCAGAAGCCUGUGUCUAUCACGAACCGAACGCCAUCUGCACCAAUGCAUGGACGGAAGGCGAAGCACAAACAGGGAAAACAACAAGGGCUGAGAAGAUCAGCGGGCCAUGCAUCGUUGAGUCUUCCUCUAUGCGUACCGACUGUGAGGGACGUCUCUGCUAUGUUCGUCGCGACGACAACCUGAAAAAUACGCGCACACCAACGUACAGCCAGUCCACUGAUGUGCGUCAUGGCCAUCCAGCGACUGCUAGUUUGAUACCUUCCUCAGUUUGCUCUGUUCGAAUAUCUUGGCCUGUAGGUCUGAAGGCAGCUGUGAGUAGAUGGGCAGGACAGUGAGUGGCGGGACGCCCUCGCCCAGCUGGUCGACCCUCUCGGCGAUGAGAAGGCAGGUGGCUUCGAUGUCCUCCUGGCCGGUCAUGAAGACCAGGAUGUCCCCGGGGCCGCUGCUGCAGUGGAUCUGCAGGCACUUCUGCACCGCAAUGUCGAUGUAGUCCUCGCACGGCGUCCGGGCGUACUCGAUGUGCACGGGGAAUGUCCGCCCGGGGAUCUCGAAGAUCGGGCACCCGCCGAAAAAGACUGAGAACCGAUCGGCGUCCAUGGUCGCUGACGUCACGAUCAGCUUGAAGUCACGCCGACGCCCGACCACACCCUUCAGAAUGCCAAACAGCACGUCGGUGUUGAGGGACCUAAAUCAAUCAUGACACCAUGAAUGAAUGCGUGGCGUUCAUGCAGGACAGUGCGAGAAUGGUCGUGUAUCGAUCGAGGCUGACGGACCUUUCGUGCGCCUCGUCCAUGAUGACAGCAGCGUAUUUGUCGAGAUCCGGCUCGGUGAGGGACUCACGCAGCAGCACACCGUCGGUCAUGUACUUGAUCAGGGUCUCGCUACUCGUACAAUCCUCAAAACGAAUAGCGUAACCCACCUGAAGCACCAGCCAACAGGCGCAGAAGCGAUUUGCCGUCUUUGCUCUGUCUCAGCUUCUUCUUUCUCUUACGCAGGUACCUGUUUGCCGAGUUCGCAGCCAAACUCCUCGGAGACUCGUUUCGCGACCGAAACGGCGGCCACUCGCCGCGGCUGCGUGCAGCCCACAAAGCCGAAGUUGGUGUAGCCAUCCUCAUGGAGGUACUGCGUGAGCUGGGUUGUCUUGCCAGAACCAGUCUGGCCCACAACGACAACCACCUGGUCGACAGAUGCACACAAACCAACACAUACAACUAAGGUUGUGCGGCACCUAGUCUCUGUUGUCGUUACCUGGUGCUCUCGGAUGAUGUGCAGCAGCUGGUCGCGUACUUCGUACACGGGGAGAGACCGUCGCUGCUGAGCGAUGGACUUGCUCUUGGCGAACUCAGACACCUUGGCUGUCUUCUGCUUCUUGAGCACAUCCGCAUACUGCGAAUCCUGUACGAAAAGCGAUCAGAACACAUAGACAAAGCAGGUCUGACAUGCUGAAGGCUGGAUGCCGUCACUCCCCGCGGACCUGUCUGUAGUCGAGGUUGUCUUCGUCGAUCUUCUUGGCCUGUUCCUGCUCCUCCUUCUCCUCCUUGGUGAGCUGCUCCUCCAUACCCAGCAGGUUACCCAGCUUCGACCCCGCCAGCUCCCAGAACCGCUGACGCAUCUUGGUGCGGUCCUCCUGCUCGCGAAGAUAACGCAGCUGAGCACUCCCCUUCCUACAAGGGCAGUCCACGAUACAACCACCAUGCUGGGUGUGUGUAGUAUCCCCCUAAUUGUGUUGGCAUCGCUUACUUGGCAAGCAUGGCGAGGUCCGAUGUGGGGUCCUUGACGACCUGCACCAUCUCCUCUUGUGUGGUGUAGACGAUGCGGCCGUCGAGGAAGGGCGGCUUGAGCUCGCGAACCAACACGUGCACCUUGGUCUCCUCCUCAGUGUCAAACACCAAAUUCACCUACACAUACGCAAUGCAAUGGAAUGCCAUGUUGCAAUGGCGUCCCCUCUAUGUGGCUUCUUCUGAGAGGCGCACCUCUUGCCUUUGGGCGACUCCAGUGGUGGCCAUUCUGUUUAGCUCCCACGCCUCAUUGUCAGCAUUCGCCUGCCGCUGACGCACAUUCUGCUGACGCUCCAGCAUGAGAGCCUGCACACAGGCACUCACAGCAGUCGCUAUUUCCGGACAUGCGCAAGGCAAGCACUGAACCACUGUCUCUGCCCAGCUACCUGCUGCUUCUUGAGUUUUUCUUCCUUUUCGUGCAUGGCGUGGUCGAGUGGGUCGGCCUCGAGGUCCUCUUGUGUGGCGUAUUGGGUCUCCUCUGUGUCGUACCACUGGCGGUCCAAGUCCUUCUCCUCCUCCUCAUUGUACUCCACCUCACUCUCGCUUAGCAGUUUCUGCCGCCACUUGGCCGCAGAAUCGCCACCAUGACUGCUCUCGUCCAUCAGGCUGUCCGUCAAGUUGGCAUACGUGAUCAGCGACGCGCCCACGUCCCCCUCUUCCUCCUUGGUGCCCUCAUCCCGCUGCUCGAGUGGCGCUGAAGGGACCGGGGCAGCCUUCUGCUCCGGCUUGUUGCCUUUGAAAAAGAGUGGGGUCCCUCCGGAUGUCUUGCGAUUCGCCGCCCACCGAUUGUACUUACAUGCACAGCAAGACACGGACAGACCGAUGUUCAGUGUUGCGUUCUGCGUCCAUCUCAGCUUUUUGUGUAGCCACCCGAUAUGAUGGUGUCCCCAGUGGGGUAGCAAGCGGCCUCUUUCUGUCGUCUCCAUCCCGCGCUCCCCUGUCCGUGUCGGUCCUGGGUGUCUCCCAAACCGCAGGCGACGGGUUACGAUCCCUUCUCUGCCCACGGAUGUCCUCGUCGAAAGGAGUCGACGUGUCGGUUGACAUGGACAUGCCCGUCAGACCCUCAGCCCUCCCACGGCCGCUCCCCCUGAGCACCUUGCCUUCACGGCCGUCUUCACGGUCACCACCAUCAGCCGACAUGGGGGUGUCGGGAGCAUGGGCAAGCGAGCUUUUGGGCUUGUGCCUGUGCUGAAAUGCCGUCACAGAGGGGCUCUCAGCGGACGUGCGAUAGAAGGGCGAGGGAGGAGGCUGGAACGCUCGCGGCUUCCCGCUCGCGUCAGAGGCCACAGGUGGAGCAUCAGGACCAUCAGCUGCUGGUGGUGGCUGUGGUAGCCUUUCGGCUCGAGGGAUGGCGAAGCCCUCACUAUCGCGGGGCAGGUCGCCUCCCGGCUUCUCAUCCCACCCGCCUCGUGGCCGCUUCCUCCGCGGGGAGCUCUCAUCGUCGCUAUUGUCAGAGUCCUGAGCCUCGCGACGCUUUGAACGAAGCCCUGCCUGGAGACCACAGGGCACGGAACUGAUAGAGGAAAAAGCAUUACCACUCCUGACGCACUGUAUGCUCCUCCAUAUCGAAAUAUUGGCGUACCGUGAGAAUCCCGGCGUGAUAUCGUCCGUCUUGUGUUUGACACAUCCAUCUCCGUUUUGUUGAGUGUCGUUCGUCACUUCCUCCAUGUCGUCGACACUUCUGUCCCUUCUUCCUUGCUUUUUUCUUCCCC